CGCUAAAAGAGCGCAUCCUGCUCGUUGUUCUGCUCCGACACACACACACAAAGCAAGGUUCACAACCAGCUAAGCUAGAUGGCUAAUGGAGCGUUAGCCUGCUCAUGUAGAUAUGCUAAACUAACAACGUCCAGGGUUUCUGCUCGAAGUUAACAUAGCUAGUAAGUUACGUUAUGGUUGUUAGGACCUCGUUUUAGACGCUGCAUGUCGUUAUUUGUUAAUUACAAUGGCUGCUUGUGUUAAACAUUCAGGCAGGUUUGUUUAAAAUGGUGUCUUGUACGUAGCUGCUAGCUACCAUUAGCUAGCUAACAGACACGUUUAAAUGUUACCGUUGUAUUUUUCAUUACGGGUCUGCUCAUGUUGUAGUUUCUUCACUAUAUGAACGGAUGAGAUGAGAAGAGGAUGUGUGUGACUUAGAGCUCUGAACUGUUUUGGCCUAAUAUAGCCUAGUUUCUGCCGAUGGCACUGCGGUUGAUGCUCACUGAAGACUAAAACCACGCCGUGACGUCACACAUCCGCCGCAAAAUGUUGAUGUUGAUACGAGCAGGUAUAAAGUUGGUGACAGUCUAUGGUUUCAGAGAAUCAACAGAUUCACUGACUUGAGCCCUUUUCAGACAUGAAAAAUGCAAAAGUAAUGGCUGUUUGUCUUUCAAACAUAUGUCUCUGUUGUGAAAAUGUUUGUAAGAUUUCUGAUUCAAUGAGCCAUUACAGAUAAGAUGCUCUUGAGCGCGAUCGGUUGGAACAUAACCAAACACAGGGAUGGAUUUUAAGAGAUUUUGCAGUUGAAUGCCUGUUUAUUUGUCUUGUUUAUGACUAUUAGAGCCUGACUGAUAAAUGGCAAGGCUGAUCUAUCUGCACUAAUGAGUUCCUGAGCAUACAACCUCUGACAUGUAUAGAAAUUGUAAGUCGCUUUAGAUGACGUUAAGUGUCAGCUAAAUGAGAAAAUGUUAAUGUAUUAGCUCAUUGCAGAUAUGUCAGUAUUGGUAUUUGUCAGCCGAUAAAUUGACAUACAGUAUUUCCACCAGAGUAGUGACAGGUUUAUUCUUCAACUGUGAAAUGUCCUGCCAAGUACAUUUAUUGGUUGCAAUUGUAAAACAAUGACUAAGGCAACCAUAUCAGCACAUUUGUUUUUAAUGUAUGGGAUGUGUAAGGACUAUUAAUAUUGGGUAGAAUUUAAUUAUUAGAAUUUUCACUCUUGAAUGUCAACAACUGUAUAGCUAUCAGAAAUAAUGUUUGGUAAAUUGUAACAUGACUUUCAAAAUGUAUUAGAACGUAAAAUUCUGCAGCUUUUUUUAAUUGACAGCUAAAAAUGAUAAGACGCAAGGUUUCUCAUUUAAUGUCUAUUUGCCCACAUACUGUAUGUUAAGGGUUUUGCAGGAUAUUCACACUAUAAGCAGUCUACAUGAAUCUGAAAAUGUAUAGAGACGAUGGUUUGAUGGUUGGCCUCAGUCCUGCCGUGAUCGGAAAAUUAUUAUUUUUUUCAGAUUGAGCAGACAUGAAUCUCCUAUAAAAACUUAAAAUUGGCUCAUCUUUCUUUCGUUUUUAUCAGUUGAUUUGUUGUGAGAGAAAUUCUACAAGUCCAACCUCCCCAGAUUGCCAGUGUGACUUUAACAUAAAAAUAAAAGGUUUAUUCAAACAGGAGACUGAUCUAAUAUUGCCUCAACGUUUUUUAACAAGAUGCAUAUCUGAAAUGGGCUAUAGUAAGUCAGUAUGGCAGUUGUUUCUGUUUUUUGUCUUGUGCAGGUCAGUGGAGUUCUGUACGAUCAUUCACUCCUGAAAUAGAUGAAGGGAUAAGGUCUGGAAGACACUGCUAUAUUUAAAGGUUUAUAAGGUGCAGCUUCAGGCCUUGUCACGCCAGAUCCUGUCUGCUGAGAUUUGGCUGAUGUGUGGUAAUUCCCUCGUCCUUGUUCCAAACUAUAUUCUCUUUGUGUUUGAGUUGUUUAGUCCCUGUGGCGAGAUCCACUCCUCGCGUUCAAUUCCACCUUUUUUUUGCUGUGUUUUGAGGUUGAUGACAACAUGUGGACGGUUAUGUAUCUGAGAAAUCCUGGCAGUGUUUUGCUCUUUAUUCCAAAAUUUGCUGUAUUGAAAAUGUCUUUUUGGUUUUCUGUCUCUUAUCAGCUCCAUUUGGUUAAUGUGAGUGCAAACUGCAGCUUCAGUUGAACCUUCUCACUUCACUCUGGAUAAUCUGGUUGUCUCUGAAAUUAUUAGCUGUUGUCGUGUCCUCUCCUGCUGUGUUUUAUCCUCUUGCUGCUGUUGAUAUUUUACAGACUGUUAGCAGAUUAACACCCAGAAGUUACAAGAAGAGUGGAUGUCCAGGUUGAAAAUCCUCUUGAAGAAGCAUUAGGUGGUAGGGCUGUUGUUUAGCAGUCAGUAUGGCGGUAGUCAUCAGGCUGCAGGGCCUGCCCAUAGUGGCCGGCACCAUGGACAUCAGACACUUCUUCUCUGGCCUCACCAUCCCUGACGGGGGAGUGCACAUCGUAGGGGGUGAGCAUGGCGAGGCCUUCAUCGUCUUUGCCACUGAUGAGGACGCUCGGCUGGGGAUGAUGCGUACAGGUGGGUCCAUUAAGGGCUCCAAAGUGUCACUGUUGCUUAGCAGCAAGACAGAAAUGCAGAACAUGAUUGAACUCAGUCGUCGCAGGUUUGAGGCUGGGGCAGGUGCUGUGGAAACGGCUGCACCAACAGCAGGAAAUGCCAACCGACAAGCAGGCACUGCCACAGUGCAACCAGGGACAGGGGGAAGAAGUGGCAGCCAUGGAAACCAGGGUUUCAGUAACACGUCAGCCUCAGUGACUGCAGCAAGUUCAUCUCAGGCACCACCAAGUAACAAGGCAGUGGCCAGCGCAGUGCCCAGCUUCCCCAACAGCUACAGCUCCACCCCUACAAUCACCACAGCGCUGGCAUCGCUCAAUGCAGGCCCCCCACCCAUCCCUCCACUUCCCAGCAUGCCCUCCAUGCCCCCCAUGCCCAAUCUGCCCACCAUCCCAGUUCCUCCUCCGGUGUCCUCCCUUCCCCCUGUCCCUACUGUCUCCCCCCUGUCCCAAGGACCUCCAGUGCCUCCUAUGUCCCAUCUUCCCCACAUGUCUUCCAUGCCUCCGUUCAACCCCUCCCUACCUCCCCCAGGAGGACUAGGCUCUGGCCUCCCUCUUGGAACUCACAACCCCAUGCUGUUCAACCCUCUCUCCCCCCUGGCUUCUCUUGGCCUCCAGGCCCAUAUGAAGGCUGCUGCUGCUGCAGCUGCUGGAGCAGGAGUGGCCAGUCCUGAUGAGUUGUUUGUCGUCUUGCAGAACCUCCCAUUCUCCUGUUCAGAGAUGGAGGUCAGGGGUUUUUUCCGGGGUCUGGGGGUGGAUGGGGUUCACCUGCUGAGAGAUGGUCAGGGUCGCCCAACUGGCAGGGCUAUGGUCAAGUUUUUCUCGCCCCAGGACAGCUUUGAAGCUGUGAAGCGAGGAGGUGGCAUGAUGGGCCAAAGGUUUAUCGAGAUUACCCCGGGCUCUGAGCGGCAAUGGGCAAGCCUCAAUGACAGUGCAACAGGCCAUGCUCCUCACAAUAGCAGCAAAUUAAAUAACAGCAACGAGUCACAGGACCAACAGCACCGCCGUGGUAAUCCUGGAUCAGUGCCUGGAGGCAGGGAUCAGCGAGGAAGGUCAAGAUCUCCCCACCGGCAGGAAUUCUGUGUCUACCUGAAGGGCCUUCCCUACGAAGCUGACAAGAAACAGAUAAAGGACUUCUUUAACAAUUUGUCCAUUAUGGAGGAAAGCAUCUACAUUGCCUAUGGGCCCAAUGGACGAGCCACCGGAGAGGGCUUCCUUGAGUUCAAAACAGAACAGGAUUACAAAACUGCUCUUAGUGCUCACAUGCAGUACAUGGGCACCCGCUUCAUCCAGGUCCACCCAAUCAGCCGGAAGGGAAUGCUCGAGAAGAUUGACAGCAUCCGCAAACGUGAAGCAGCACAGGGUGAUGGCAAGAACCAGGAUGGCUUAAAAGCUCCCAGGAACUGUGCCCACAUCACCAACAUCCCAUACAAUGUCUCCAAGAAGGAUGUUCGUGCCUUCCUGGAGGGUGUGGGGCUUUACGAGGACACUCUGAAGGUUCUGACAGAUAGCCAUGGCAACGGUUUAGGGCAAGCUAUCUUCCAGCUACGGACUGAGGAAGAUGCCCGCAAAGCUGAAAGACUGCACCGCCAAAAACUCAAUGGCCGCGAUGCCUUUGUCCACCUGGUGACCUUUGACCAGAUGAAGGAAAUUGAGAGGAAUCCUCCUCCCCAGAACAAGAGGGGGCAACGGAACCAAACCCAGCUGAACCAAAAUCAGAACCAACAUCAGCAAGCCCAGCCCAGUCCACAACAACCCCAGAUCAACCCAUUUGCUGGGAUGAGUGGGGAGGAGUUUAACUUUCUCAGAAACACCAUGGGGAACCUCAACAGUGCCCCCUUUGUGACUCCAUUCUCAGCCCCAGGGAAUGGGCUGGCAGGCCCUCCUCCCCUCCCUCCUCUGGCAGCAGGGCUGGGGGACGUGAAUCUGGGCAUGGCUCCUCCACUUGUUGCCGGUCUUCCUGGUCCUCCAAUCCUGGAGCCACCAGGCUUUCGAUCUGGAGCUGCAGGAGGAGCUCCAUUCAGCCAGGAUGGGCUGAGAGGGUUGGUGCCCUUCGACAAUGGUAACAGAAAAGGCGGUGGAGGAGGACAGAACCGAGGGGGAGGGGCUAACAACAACCAAGGACGUCCAGGGGGCGGGGCUACUGGUGGACAGCAGGUGUUCACUCCAGGAGCUGAUGGUCUACGUAACCAGCCGGCCCCUGGAGGAUCUAACAAUCCCAACAAUCAACGCGGUGCUGCUGGCCCAACAAUUGUAAAGCUUCAGAACAUGCCGUUCACUGUAACCGUGGACGAGAUCAUGGACUUCUUUUACGGCUACCAGGUGCUGCAAGGCUCAGUCUGCCUGCAAUUCAGUGAGAAAGGCCUGCCAACUGGCGAGGCCAUGGUGGCCUUCCAGAACCACGAGGAGGCAACUGCCGCCGUUAUGGACCUUAAUGACCGACCUAUUGGAGCUCGCAAGGUCAAGAUAAGCCUGGGUUAGAACCCCGCAUCAAACAUACUGACUGUAGAUAAAAGAUGUUAAACCUACCUGGAUCAAACAUCUAGGUGAAACAAAGUCAACAUAAACCAUACCUAAUUCUGGACUCAAACUGUUAGCAUCUCAGUUUAGACUUUUUCUGAUCGCUGACUGUCUGUCAAUUACUGAAGCCCCUCCCCCUGUCUAUAUAUAUGGCAGGUAAACCCUGCAGUCUGUCCAGUAGGACUCAGAUCCAGACUUUGCUCUUUUCUGCAGCUCCUCCACUGACUCUGAUAGCACAGUGAUGAUGAUGACUAUAAUGAUAUUGUUGAUAUUGGCAGGAUUUUGGAUUUACUCCGUUUCCAAUGCAGCUUUUUGUCAAGUCAUGUCAAGAGUUGACACACUGACAAUACUUACCUGUUUUGUUGCGAUGGUAACAUGAUGAUUAUGAUGAGGCUGACAAACAUUGCUGCUGUAUGCGCUUACAUGUGUUGUGCUGCUGUGGUUUAAAAUGUACAUGCUCUGUUGAUACGAUGAUAUCUUAACAUGCUCUGUUUAUAUGGUAAAACCUUUUGCUAUGGUAAAACAUGCUGUAGAUGAAAAGCUUUUCUACAACAGUGAAAUUUAUGAUAAAAAGCUAUGUUGCCAUGAUCAAAUGUGUAUGCUUUGUUGCUAUGGUGAAAUGUUGAAAUGCUCUGUUGCUAUGUAGAUGAUGUGGGAUGGACAGAUUGCUGAUUCGUGUUUUAUUUUGUAAAUAAUGACUUUUGGCCGGUGAAUCCUGUUCCUCUGUCACAUUUUUCUGAUGUUGCUGUGUUUGAACAAUGCCACCCCCAACCUCUCCCUUUCUGCAGCAUAUGCUCCAUUGGUAUUUGGACUGUAGAGACUGAGAUGAAGUCUAGCGUAUUUUAGUUUGGUAGUUUUUUGUGUAUGUUUGAUAAUGUUUUGGAUGUUUUCACCGUAAAGCUAACUUUUCUUUCUAUUGUCCGUGUGGAAAAAAAACUUGCAUGAUCGUAUAACCAUACAUGAUGUGGAGUCUCCUUUGCUUUGGUUAAUAAAAGGACGUCCGUGAUGCACACCUGCUCACCUGCA